AUGGAGAAGCCCAGGAGGAUGGUGUUCAGUGUCCUGCUGUGUGUGCUGGCCCUGGGGCUGGGCCUGGCUCAGCACUGGUCCUACGGCCUCCAGCCAGGGGGCAAGAGGAGCACCCAGGUCCUGCUGGGACCAUUCCAGGAGAUUCCCAGUGAAAUGGAGAAGUUCGAGGAGGUGCAGCAGAGCGAGUGCCCGGGCUCGUCCCAGGACUCCAGGAUCAGGGGGCUGAAGGAAGCCAUGGAGAGGCUGGUGGAGGGAGAAGGCAGAAGGAAGAAGGUUUAAAAAUUUCCAAAGUGCAAUGGAGCCACAGCCAGAGGGAGGUUUCAAAACUGUAUUAAAAUAAACUCCUCCUCAAUUGGUCUUUGCUUGGAUCAAUAUGUGAA